GAACUGGUGUCACAUGACCACCUCUUAGGCACCAUGGCGUCGGCCGUGGUUCGCCGGGGCUGAGUGACAGGCAGUGCGUCGUCGUAGGACCCGGGACUAGGUCCUUUCCGACCCUGUGUCCCCAGCACCACCUGCAUUGCACACGUUCCCUCCGCAUCUGCCAAGACUGGAGGGAAUGAUAGGGCCCAGGGCCCUUCCCAGCCGUGCUAGCGGCUUCGGGGCCAGCUCCUAGUCGCUGGUGGGGCGCACUCUGCUCGCCUGGUCCAGCCUCUUGCCCUCGCAGGUCCCUCGGGACCAUGGCGGGGUCCGACACUGCGCCCUUCCUCAGCCAAGCGGACGACCCCGAUGACGGGCCAGUGCCUGGCCCUCCGGGGUUGCCAGGGCCCGUGGGGAACCCCAAAUCCGGGGAGCCCGAGAUACGGGACCGGGAGGGGCUGCAGCGCAUCACCGGUUUAUCUCAGAGCCGUUCGACCCUCAUCGUGGCGGUGCUGUGCUACAUCAACCUCCUGAACUACAUGGACCGCUUCACGGUGGCAGGCGUCUUGCCAGACAUCGAGCAGUUCUUCAGCAUCGGAGAUAGUAGUUCUGGCCUCAUCCAGACUGUGUUCAUCUCCAGUUACAUGGUGUUGGCACCUGUGUUUGGCUACCUGGGUGACAGGUACAAUCGGAAGUAUCUCAUGUGCGGGGGCAUUGCCUUCUGGUCCCUGGUGACACUGGGGUCAUCCUUCAUCCCCAGAGAGCGUUUCUGGCUGCUCCUUCUGACUCGGGGCCUGGUGGGGGUCGGGGAGGCCAGUUAUUCCACCAUUGCGCCCACCCUGAUCGCCGACCUCUUCGUGGCAGACCAGCGGAGUCAGAUGCUCAGUGUCUUCUACUUUGCCAUUCCUGUGGGCAGUGGUCUAGGUUACAUUGCAGGCUCCAAAGUGAAGGAUGUGGCUGGAGACUGGCACUGGGCCUUGAGGGUGACACCAGGUCUAGGGGUAGUGGCAGUUCUGCUGCUGUUCGUAGUUGUACGAGAACCCCCCAGAGGAGCUGUGGAGCGCCACUCAGGUUCACCGCCCCUAAGCCCCACUUCAUGGUGGGCAGAUCUGAGGGCACUGGCACGAAAUCCUAGUUUCAUCCUGUCUUCCCUUGGCUUCACUGCUGUGGCCUUUGUCACCGGCUCUCUGGCUCUCUGGGCCCCGGCUUUCCUGCUGCGUUCCCGUGUGGUCCUGGGAGAGACCCCGCCCUGUCUUCCUGGAGACUCUUGCUCUUCUUCUGACAGUCUCAUCUUUGGGCUCAUCACCUGCCUGACUGGGGUCCUGGGUGUGGGCCUGGGCGUGGAGAUCAGCCGCCGUCUUCGCCGCUUCAAUCCUCGGGCUGACCCACUGGUCUGUGCUGCUGGCCUCCUGGGCUCUGCGCCUUUCCUCUUCCUCUCCCUGGCUUGUGCCCGGGGUAGCAUCGUGGCCACCUAUAUUUUCAUCUUUAUUGGAGAGACCCUGCUGUCCAUGAACUGGGCCAUUGUGGCUGACAUUCUGCUGUAUGUGGUGAUCCCCACCCGACGCUCCACUGCUGAGGCCUUCCAGAUCGUGCUGUCCCACUUGCUAGGUGACGCGGGGAGCCCCUACCUCAUUGGUCUGAUCUCUGAUCGCCUCCGCCGGAGCUGGCCCCCUUCCUUCUUGUCUGAGUUCCGGGCCCUGCAGUUCUCACUCAUGCUCUGUGCUUUCGUUGGGGCGCUGGGAGGUGCUGCCUUCCUGGGCACCGCCAUGUUCAUUGAGGGUGACCGCCGAAGAGCCCAGCUCCAUGUGCAGGGUCUUUUGAAUGAGGUGGGGCCUACAGAUGACCGGAUCGUGGUACCCCAGCGAGGCCGCUCCACCCGUGUCCCUGUGUCCAGUGUGCUUAUCUGAGGAGCUGUUUCUUACCUAUCCACACAUGCGCCACAGCUGGCCCUGGGCCCACCCCAUGAGGUGCCCAGGAGAAACCCUAUCUGGCCCAGGUUCCAGGAGGAAGCCCUCAGCUUUGUCCGAGCUUCCAGACACUACAUGGGCAGCCCAGGGAAGAGAUAAAGGUCCAGGAAAGGGGGGCCCUCGGGGUUUGGUGCUAUUUGUAAUGGAAUAAAAUUUUUAAGCAGA